AUGUGUUCCCGGACUUAUGGCUUCAAAGAGGAUGCCAUUCAUUUGUUCCGUACAGGUAUCGGCAAGAGCAUUUUCCUGUACUACUUGCUUCAUCAGCUGGCGUGCCUGGGCAAAACCGUCGUGUGGCAUGACGAGUUGAUGGCUUCUGUGCUGCUGUACACACCCAACGGUGUGUUCCAGGCAGACUCCAUUGUCCCAUUUACAAAGGAGCUAGAAAAUCCGAGUACAUGGUUCUUAUGUGACGGUGUGGAGCCGGUGUCCACGGCGGCAAUCACUGUGAUGGCAUCCUUGCCCCGCAGCUCAAAGUACCAAAAGUACGACAAGGAAGGUCCCAUACAGCUGUGGAUGGGCCCCUGGUCCGUGUCGGAGCUAAAGGCGGCGCGUGACGCCAUUUUCACCUCGGUCGACGCUGAUGAACUACAACGGCUUUAUGUUCGCUGGGGUGGCAUCCCGCGCUUUGUGUUGCGACAUGCAAAUAAUGCAUGCCAGCAGCAGAAGCUUGACGAGGUGAUAGCAGUUGCAAAUCCAGAGCUGAUAUAUAAAGCAGUAUGUUACAUCGAAGGGGCGUCAGAUUAUAACCACAAGCUGCUUCACGUCCAGGUGAACGAGAAAUGCGAGGAGGUCGGCCGAGUCUUCGGCUCAGUGGAAAUUGCACAGCGCCUGCAGCAGCUGCUGAUGCGGCAGCGCUCGGUAUGGUUUGACGAUCUGCUUUACUGGUCUGCUGGCAAGCCGGAACUGGCCUCGCUGAGGGCCCAGCUGUUUGAGUGUGCAGCCCAUGAAGCACUAUGUAAGGGUGGCGCAUUUCGUGUGCGCAGCCUUUCCAACCCCGAACAGCAGGUCAGUCAACUGAAGGUGGGCCAAAUGGAGCAGAAAGUAGUAUGGGACAGCGACCUAAAAGAAGUGAACCUUGAAACAACAAAAUCGGGGUGCCUGAUGGUGCCUGUGUUGAAGGACUUCCCAGCCGCCGUGGACAGCUUUCUUCUUUUGCCGAGCAGUGAAUGCAGGCCAGGACGGCUGCUCUUCAUCUUGGCGACCUUUACAGCCCAGCGCCCGAUUAGCGUGCGGGGGUUGCUAGAUGCCGUACAGAAGUUAUCCGGGGACCUUCAGGGGCUCAAGCGAGAGCUGUAUUUUGCAGUGCCGCCUGAGCUCUUUGACUCAUUCACGGAACAACACUUUGACGGGCUUGAGAUGGAGGUGGACACCAUCAAGAUGGAGCAAUAUGCCAUUGAGGUCCCGGUCCUCAUCCAGCACUUUGGCUCAUUGGGGGAGCAGCCAUCGGCCAAGGAUGAAUCCCCACAUGGUCUUGCUUCGGAAAUCCCUUAUCUCGCGCGUCUCAUCUGCUUCGAGGUGGAUGUGGUGAUGCUGGUGGCUAUUGCAAGGGAUCCAAAAGUGGUUCGGAAAGGGUGACAUUGUGGCCACUGGGUCAUUGAUGUGGUUACAGAGGCUGCAGUACAAAGUACAAAGAAGUCCUCCACUCUGCUUGGCAUGAUGGGUCUGUUGACAUGUUUUACCAUGAUGCCUGUUUGGCCCCUUCAUGCACGGGCAUGUGACACUUCAAAAGCCAUUGUUCCUUCCAGGGCUGCAAUCUCUGAGGUAGCUUGACGUGAUCCUGAUCCUGACUGUCUUGCU